AUCGUUCCGGACCGUCGUGUUCUCUUGCAAGGCCCAAUUGGCCGCGAUACGGCCCCCAAACUUGCUGGGAGCUGCUGAUCCUGGCCCCUCAGGGUUACAUGCUGCCACCUCUUGGAAGAUUAGGGCUGAACCGGUGGUGAGGAAGGAAGCCUGGCCUGCUGCUUGCCUGACUUGCCUGCUUGCCUGGACAGCCUGAGCCUGCACAGCUCUGCAUGCAGGGCAGCAUCCGGCCGUCCAAUGACCAGACGCCAGAGCCUCGUCCCUUCCUGUCUGCGAAACUUUCGAGGAUGGAGGGAAGGAAGGGACCGACGACCAACAAGCUCCAGCCAGCUCUUUCCCAGCGUCUCAACCUCGGCCAGCUGAUCUCUGUGCAGUUCUCUUUGGCCCUGCCUGGCCCCGUCUCCCAUCUCUUUCUUCCCUUCCUUUCUACUGUGGUCCCCGCCCACACACAUCCAUGUUCACAUCAUCCAUGUUCCACUCACACACUCCCACACACACACCACACACACGGCACCAAUCCAAUACCCACGCUUUCACACCAACGGGGUGAUCAGGACCGAACCGGCCCCAACGGGGGACCGCACACGCGAUGUGACCCUGUCCUUUGCUGCAGCUCUAAUCGGUCGUUUCCGCAUCCUAUCGGCGUCCACAAAAUGCUCCUCCGUCAUCCCUCCCCACGCCCAUGUUCCGUCAUUCCCAGCGCCUGAUGUUCCCUGCAGCUCUGUCUGUCUGUGUGUGUGUCUGUCUGUCUGUCUGUCUGCGCUGCACUGCUCUUCACUGCGCUGUGCAUGCAUGCGGGCGGAGGCUGAUAAGAAAAGUACCAGCCCGCCAAGAUGCUGCGUUCCUCACAGAUUCCUCACAGAUUCCUCCCCUGCUACAUCGCAAAGUCGAAUGCCACCGUCUACGGAGUACAACUGCGCUGCCCAGCCAUGCUUCCGUGACGCUCAGCUUGAAUUGACCUGGCCCGGUCGGAAAGGGGACAAGCCAGCAUAAACGGCUGACCUGACAUGCCUGCACUAUUCCUACCCCACGUCUCACUCCGCUCUACUGCCUCGUGCCACACCAGUUUCUGGGUGUGUGCAUCAGGUAUUGAUGGGAUGGAUGGACACCGAGGCUACCUGUGAGGGUGCCCUUGCUUACAUUGCUGACUUCCCGGGGUCCCCUACGGCCGGGUGACGUUCUCUGGGACGCUUGCUAUGGCUGCUCGCUGCAGGACCCUCAGGCACCAGGGACAUGGUCUGUCUGAGGGAGCCAGCCCGGCACAUCUCAUCCACCAGCCCGACUGCUCGCCCUCCAGAUGUCCAGCCUGAGCGUGGGUGGACCUUGGUCACAACCAAGGUCGCUGCGGGGGUCCCCACGAAUAAGGCUAGCCCAGCAUGCAAAAGCCAGCCAGAUGGGCAGAUGGGCAGAUGGGCCAGAUGCGAUGGGGGGCCACGGGGCCACGGCAAAACCGUUCGACGGCAGCACGACGGCCGUAUAUGUGGUCGGUCUCCUGGCAUAGACUGCCGAGACAUGCGGGCUGCGAUGCGGGACAGCUGCACGCCCGCCUCCUCGGUGGCCUACUGCCUUCAGCCCUAUGGGGUCCGGCUGUACGAGUCUGUCGCGGGCCCUACAUGUCUUCUUGGCUCUCUUUUUGUGUGUGUCUUCUCUGCUUGCCAUGGCUGUGGCUGUAGCUGGAACUUGCAGCUGCAGCCGAUCCAGCUCGUCUAGGGUCCAUUCAUGUCCUUUGCCAUUCCCGCUGUGGGUACUAAUAACGUAUAGAUACUCGGUAUAUAUACGAAAGUCCCAUGUCAGAUAGCAAGACAGGCCGGGGUCCUUGCAUGAGGCGCACAUGGGAGUUCCCUUCCUCCCUCUUUUCUAGUGCUGAAAUACCAAGACAAGCAGCCACAAGCCCAGCAGAAAAGCCGGCACCUCUUCCUCUCGCUCACACCCACUCCUACUUACACUACACCACACUACAUACACUACCUACAGGCGCGGCUCCCACAAGGCUUGGGAGGGUACCAAAUUUCCCCCUGCGACCACACCGGCCAGUCGCCUUGAUCCCUCCUUCCAGCCAGUCACGGCGUGCGCAACCCCUGACUCAGGCAGAUCACUUUAUUCUGCACAUGGGUGGUCUCUCCCGAGCAGGCUGUCUUCCCGUGGUCACCAAUUCGCUCGCCCCGUGCCACCGGCUCGGCCUCUGCCCCAGUCUUUUUUUCUCAAACAACCCCCUUCCAGGCAGACUGCGGGAGGCAAACGCGGGAGGGCGGAGCCUCACCCACACCAAAACAAGCGUAGCAGCGCAUGCUUCUUAUUAACAAGGCUUUCUCGAUCCUGGGCAAAAUGGGGUGAGAGCCGGCUGUCGACAAUAACUCAUAUACACAUACACACACACACAACCAUGAUGAGAAUAGCAAUCGCCGGCGGAGGCGGUUUUGCCUAUAUUCUGGCCGGCGAGAUUACCCAGACAGCCAAUGCCGUGCUUGUCUUGUCCACGAGGCAACACCCGGAGUUCGAGCACUUGGGGGCACAGGUGGCAGUCGUCGACUUCGCAAACGUCGAGGAGCUCCGAUAUGCGCUGCGGGGCGUUGACCUCGUCAUAUCGACAAUACCGGGCCAGCCCCAGCUUAACCUCAUAGAUGCCGCACACCUCGCCCGCGUCCGUACCUUUGUGCCAUCCGAGUUUGAGGGUGCUCUGGCGCGCAGGCCGCCGCCGUCCAACGGCGAUCCGCUCGACCGCGGCUCGGCAAUGGCGUUGGAACGCCUCAUGGGGUUGUCGCAGCCGCAGCAGGACCAUCAUCACCACCAGAACCACCAGCCGCAGCCGCCACCCCAAUCACCGCCCGCCUCGUGCCCUAUGAGCUUUACUGUCUUCUCGUGCGGCGUGCUGUACGAGCGGCUGGCGCCCGGCGGUCUGGCCGCCUUAAACAUCGGCACCGGGCAGACGGCGCCGACCCUCACCGGGCAGGGUGAUUACCUGGCAGAUAUUGGCAACGCGACGGCCGAGAUUGUCGAAAUCAACGCCCAAGGGAGCCCAGUCAUUGUGUCCAUGACCUCCGUCUACGACGUGGCUCGGUUUGUGGCCGCCGCCGUCGAGAUCGGGCCGGAACACUGGCCGAGGGAAUUCCAGAUGCGAGGGGACCAGCUGAGCGUCCGUGACAUCCUGAGCGCGGCGAUAAACGUCCGAGGAGUGCCUUUCAAUCUCGCCACCCACCAAUAUGCAGACCUUCAGUCGCAUCUCGAAUACGCCAUCCAGACGAGCAACUGGCGCCGCUGGUGCUACCUCCAGCAGCUCCUAGCAACAGCGGACGGGCGCUACACCCUGGGGCGGCCCAACCUCAACGAGCUCGUCGACGAGGCCCCGGGCGUCAGCGUCGUUCCAGAGAGGUUUGCCGACUGGCUGAGGCGGUCAUGGGGCCAGCCGCAGUCUCAGCCUCAGAUCCAGCCCCAUUUUCAAACUACCGUCAUGGAAAUAGAAUGAAGCGAUUUUGGUUGUGGGGGUGGGGCGCUUAAAAUGCUCCCCGUUCCCCUCCCCUCCCCCUUCACUCCCUUAAUGGACUGACUGCGUGAAUUAAUAUGGAUGGCAUUGCAUAGCGUUGGAACCACGGGACAUGGGCACGGGCAUAGCCUGGCAUGGCAUGCGAGAGUAUGUAUUAUUACUGUCAUUACUACGGGCAUGAGUUGUAAUGGAUACCUUUUUUUUUUCUUCUCUUCCCCGGCGUUGUUCAAUCACGCUUCGUACUGGAAUCGCAGGUCUUCCUCCCUUCCUCCGCCCCAAGGCGAUCACGAUUGAUCUCGUUUCCUAACGGCCCCGCAAUCGCACUCGACAAAGAACACAUGCAGCUGCAAAACUCCACCAAAAACAAGAUCAAGGGUCGUAUUGCUACACCGGUCGACCCGUUUCGCGGGAAUCUCGGUUGUGGCGCAUCACUUGUCCAUAUCGGGCUUGCAAGCCCGGCCUGGCAUGCCAACCUUGGAACGACAAAUCUUGGCCGGGGCCCCCCGCGGGCAACAGCAACAACCCACGCGAGAUGGUCCCCAGUGGGCGUCUAUACCCAUUACGGCCGUCACCUUCCCUAUUGGAACCACCACUUAUGUCGCAGCGAAAUGACGAUUGCUCGGGCCCAGAACAAAAGUCCGCGUUUAAUAGGAAGCAAACAUCCGUGUUCCGCAGGCGACGCCGGCCCGAUGAUGGGCAUUGAGCCCUUGUCCGUUCGCGCCGAACUCCGACGCUGGGAUGACUAGGUUACUACCAUAAAGUUCGGGCCGGCCUGGCUUUGGUGUUCUCGCCGCCGCCGGGGCUCGAGCUACCUACCCGGAGCCGGAGCCGGGCGGCGAGGCUCCGCAGUGCCCAGCGGGCCGGGGGGCAAAGUCGCGCUACGGAGGUGGGAGGACGACGGCGAUGACGAUGCGGGGAGGAAGAGGGCCUGCCUCAUCAUCACGACGGGCGUGCAUGUCGUUCGUCGAGGACGAGCUGCGUGCUGGGUUUCCAAAUUACCUAGGUACGGAUGAAAUGGAUGAUUAAUGAUCAGUCAUUUACGAUGCGGGUCCUGAUAAACGAGACCUACGCACCGAUCGCACGGGAUGUGUGUAGUUCACGGUGGCCUCCCCUCUCGCACGGCAUCAACGACCACAGGCCCGGAUCCGCGACAAAGUAAGUCCUCGCCCCUCCGCCGCGGAGGCUUACGACGGACGACCUGGACCUCGACUUGGACACGGGGUCUCAUGACUGGGCCAACCCGAGCCCCAGCCCCAGCUCCGCCCCGUGUCUGACCGCGGGGGUCAACGGGACGUCGUGGCUUGAGUGGGACGGAUUGUUUUGGGUCCCCCGUGUGGCUACGGGGCCCGGCGGUUCCCGGGGAUGCGAACGAUGACUGGUUUCGCUUCUAUUCGGUAUACGUCCGAAGAUAUAUAUGGCGUCUUCCUUCAUACAGUGAUGCGAGCGAUAACAAGGACUGGUUUGGCUUUUGCUUAUGUGUUUGAUGCUCUGGUUUGAUUGUGCUGGGGAGGGGAGGUCUUGUUGAUGAUUGAUACGCCUCCAGGGCUGUUACUAUGGAUGCUACUCAGGCUUUGGGUUGUUUUGAGAAAGCUGGCAGGAGUCUUGUCCUGGCCUGCCUGGGUUGCAUCCUAUGAGUGAUUAUGUGGUUUCGCUUCUAUUCCGUAUACGUCCGAGGACAUACAUGGCGCCUUCUAUGAGUGAUUAUAUUGAUUUAUGCUAGUCAUGCGUGGUAUGUGCUGGUAUUCUGUGUUGUGCUACUUCUUCCUUGUUUUCCUCUCUUUCGUCCUUGGUUGUUAGUUACUGUUUGUGCUUGAGGCGUAAACAUUGACGCUAACAAAUUGACUAUUCAGGUACCUAGUA